ACUACUCUAAAGUUUCUCGAAAUUUCUUGGCGAAAAAUCCAGAUUGAAGUGUUUUAGCCGACGAGAAAAAAAAAACUCCGAUUUGGGUAACUAUGUCGUGCACGCAUGAUCACAACUGCGAGGAUCAUGAGUGUUCUUCUGAUUGGUCUCUUUACAAACACAUUGAUCUCUCUAAGGUUACUGCUUUGAAUGAAGCUGUUUCAGGAAGUGCUAAAUCAGUCUUCAAAGCUUGGGAACAGCGACUACACUCUUCUGGGGAGCAUUUGGAGAGCAAUGAGGGAGACGCUGAAUUGCUUGUGUUUGUACCAUUCACAUCAGAUGUCAAGAUCAAAAGCAUAUCCAUUGUUGGUGGCCCUGAAGGAACAAGUCCUUCUAAGUUGAGAGUGUUUAUCAAUCGUGAAGGGAUUGACUUCUCGGAUGUGGAGAGUAUGCAAGCUGUUCAGGAAUGGGAGUUAGCUGAAAAUUUGCAAGGAAUCUUAGAAUACCAGACCAGGUAUUCAAAAUUCCAGAGUGUUGGGAACAUCACUUUACAUUUCCCUGAGAGUUUUGGAGGGGACACGACCCAAAUACGUUACAUUGGCUUCAAAGGUGAAGCAACCCAGUUGAAACGGGACGUUGUCGCGACAAUUGUUUAUGAGAUUAGACCAAAUCCUUCAGAUCACAAGACAAAGGCCGAGACAGGUGGAGGUUUUUCACAAGUUGAGUGAAGACAUAUCUACUCCCAACUUUACUCUUCAGCCUUCUCACAUACUCGUCUUCUUCUCUUUAACAAGCAAAAGCUUCGGCUUAUAUUUAACAAACAUAUAUGUAUCGAAUAAAUUGAUAGACUUCACAUUCUAUCUUUUAUGAACUUUGGUGUAUGCCUAAGUUUUAUUUGUUUCAAUAAGAAAGCUAUUGAAUGGUUUGUCGCAAA